AUGGCUCUUGCUACCCGCACCGCUUGCUACCCACACCGCACCGCCGCUGCUGCUGCUGCUGCCCAUACCCACCGCCCGCGCGCUACUGCCCCGCUCGCUGCCCGCACCACGCCACUGCUUGCUACCUGCACUGCCGCUGCCCAUACCCGCCGCACCGCUCCCUACCCGCACCGCUUGCUACCCGCACCGCACCGCCACUGCUGCCCAUACCUGCCACCCGCUUUCUACCCGCACUGCACCGCUGAGCAGCCCAUACCCACCACCCGUGCGCUACUGCUUGCUACCCGCACUGCUGCUUCCCAUAUCCGCCCCACCGCUCACGACCCGCACCACUCGAUACCCACACCGCUUGCUACAUGCACAGCACCGCCACUGCUGCUGCCCGCUUGCUACUGCCCCGCUCAUUACCCGCAUUACACCACUGCUCGCUACCCGCACCGUGCUGCUGCUGCUGCCCAUACCCGCCGUUUGCUUGCUACCCGCACCGCACUGCUGCUGCUGCCCAUACCCACCACCCGCGCGCUAUUGCUCGCUACCCGCACUGCUACUGCCCAUACCCGCCCCACCGCUCACAACCCGCACCACUCGAUAUCCACACCGCUCGCUACCCGCACCGCACCGCCACUACUGCCCAUACCCGCUGUUCGCUUGCUACCCGCACCGCACCACCACUGCUGCUGCCCGCUCGCUACUGCCCCGCUCGCUACCCCGCUCGCUACUGCCCCGCUCGCUACCCCCGCUCGCUACUGCCCCGCUUGCUACCCGCGCCACACCAUUGCUUGCUACCCGCACUGCACCGCCGCUGCUGCCCAUACCCGCUGCCCGCUCGCUAUGCACCGCCACUUCUCACCCACUGCCCGCCGCUGCUUCCCGCCGCACUGCACCUCCGCACCUCCGCUUGCCACCAACUUUACGCAGGCCGCUGCACACCGCCAUGACCCGCCGGCCGCUGCGUACCAUUGUUACUCGCACAUAAUCUCCUCAGGCUUCUAG